CGGGCGCUUCGAUUGUUGCUGCUGCGUUGCUGAGCGUUGAGGUGCCGGGGUGCCGUACCGUCCGCCGGGUCGGCCAAGUUGAGAAACUUUCGCAAACGUUGCCGCCACAAGAAACCAGUUCCUCCUGCGGCUCGCUUGACGGUGCAUUUGGCUCCUGGUUCGGUCGGUCGGUCUAUUGUGUGUGUCACGGUGCUCGGUGGUCCUGUGACGUCAAAAAGUCUUCCGCAAACAGUGCCGCCGAAGGACCGCUGUGAAGGAGCCGUCAGAUAAGCAUCGGCAGAGCUGCCAACAGCAUCACGUGUUGCUUUACAAGCGCCGUGGCUUAUCAACCACUUUCAUUCGGCCACCGCGAUGGAAGCUAAGCCGGACAAUAAAGUGAGCGAUGGAAUCGACGGGCCAUUGUGGAUGUUUUGGAAGCGACGCCGGUACGUGGUGGUGUUUAUGGCUUUCCUCGGGUUCUUCAACGUCUACUCGCUGCGCGUCAACCUGAGCGUGGCCAUCGUGGCGAUGACGGAAAAUAGGACCGUUCACUACGAGGACGGCACCGUGGGAUACGAGCAAUACUUUGAUUGGAGUUCCAGCCUGCAGGGCUAUGUGCUGAGCUCGUUCUUCUACGGCUACAUCUGCACCCCGUUUCUGGGUGGCUUCAUUUCGAACCGUUUCGGAGGCAAUUACGUUUUCGGUGUCGGAAUCGGAGUGACGGCCGUGCUGACCCUUCUGACGCCGCUCGCAGCGAAGGCCGGCGUGGCCGUCCUGUUUGUGGUCCGCAUCAUCGAAGGGAUCUUCGAGGGUGUGACCUUCCCGUGUAUCCAUGCCGUGUGGUCCCGCUGGGCACCCCCGAACGAGCGGUCCCGGAUGGCGUCGAUCGCGUUCGCCGGGAACUACGCCGGUACGGUAGUGGCCAUGCCACUGAGCGGGGUCCUGGCGAACGCCUGGGGCUGGGAGAGCGUGUUCUACGUGUUCGGUGCGAUCGGAUGCGUGUGGUUCGUGGCGUGGAUGUUCAUCGUGAAGUCGUCGCCCGAGGUGGACAAGUGGAUCACGCCGCGCGAGAAGGAGUUCAUCCUGGAGUCACUGGGACGCACCGAGGGCGAACUGGAGAAGGUGCGCCACCCGUGGAAGGGCAUCCUUACGUCGGUGGCCGUUUGGGCGCUGGUUGUUUCGCACUUCUCCGAGAACUGGGGUUUCUACACGCUCCUUACGCAGUUGCCAACGUUUUUGAAAGAGGCGAUGCACUUUGAGCUGGAGAAGACCGGGUUCAUCUCGGCGGUGCCGUACCUCGUGAUGGGUAUCCUGCUGUUCGUGUCCGGCAUUCUGGCCGACUGGUGCCAGGAGAAGGGAUACCUGACGACGACGCAGGUCCGGCGGUACUUCAACUGCGGUGCGUUCCUCGCCCAGACCGUAUUCAUGAUUAUCGGAGCGUUCAUCCUGGAGCCGGGACCGACCAUCACCUGCAUCACGAUCGCCGUCGGGUUCGGGGCGUUCGCGUGGUCCGGAUUCGCCGUCAACCAUCUCGAUCUGUCGCCCAAGAGUGCCGGUGUGCUGAUGGGCAUCUCAAAUACGUUCGCUACCAUCCCGGGCAUCGUGAGCCCGAUUAUUACCGGGUACAUUACGUCGAACAAGAGUGACGAUGAGUGGAAGACGGUGUUCUACAUUGCGGCCGGCAUCUAUUUGGUGGGCUGUGUGGUCUACUGGUUCUUCGCUUCCGGUGAGCUGCAACCGUGGUCGAUUGAGGCCCAGGAACGACUCGCACUGGAGCAGCAGCAGACGACGGAGAAGCAAGCGCCACCCAUCGAGAAGCUGGCGUACUCGAACAAGGUGAACGUGGAGGAUGAAAUGUAAGGCACGGGCCGAGCGAUCGAGGGGGUCUUAAAGACCGUUUGAUGUUGUGAUUGGAUUUGCUAACUGUUAGGU